AUGGCUUCUAAAGAUCAAAACAAGAAUUCUAAUGAAUCAACAGAUUCUGACAGUAAUAGUGGACUAGGAGUGAAGCAUGCACACAAACAUAACCUAAAACCUGUGGACGUUCAAAGGCAGCAACUAGAAAAGUUAUUACAAAGAGUCGAUAAGCCAGUAACUAUACCGGAGAUUGAAAAACCAAAAUUAAAAGCACCAAAAGAUAUUGUUAGAAAUGUUCAAGGUUCUAGUGCGGGUGCUGGAAGUGGUGAAUUCCAUGUUUACCGAGCUCAUCGUCGAAGAGAAUAUACAAGAUUAAAAAUCAUGGAAGAAGAAGCUAGAAAGGAUGGUGAUGAUGGAUGUGUUGAGUCGGAUGGAGAACCAACUGAAAAAAAUGAUAACUUGCAGGAUAGCGACGAUGAAUGA